AUUUAUGUCAAUGAUUGGAGGGUUCCCAGCGCUUGCGCAGAACCUCCGGGGAAGCAGGUGGUCGGCCACCCAGUGGCCCGGGACGGUCGGUGAUGGCGGCGGCGAAGCGGCAGCUGGAGCCCGAAAGCGGGGAUGAGGCCGACUCGGACCAAGCGCCCUCAAAGGUGGCAAGAGUUCACGCUCAGGAGGAGGAGGAUGACCGAAGCAGACACUGCCCCUAUCUGGACACUAUCAACCGGAGUGUGCUGGAUUUUGAUUUUGAAAAGCUGUGCUCAGUCUCCCUUUCUCACAUCAAUGUCUACGCUUGUCUGGUUUGUGGCAAAUACUUUCAAGGACGAGGCCUGAAGUCAUACGCCAACAUUCAUAGUGUUCAGGUUGGACAUCACGUCUUUCUGAACCUGCACACGCUGAAGUUCUACUGCCUACCGGACAAUUACGAAAUCAUUGACUCCUCCCUCGAGGACAUCACGUAUGUACUGAAGCCAACUUUCACGAAGCAACACAUUGCAAACCUGGACAAACAGUCGAAACUGUCGCGGGCUUACGAUGGGACCACCUAUCUGCCAGGAAUUGUCGGACUGAACAACAUCAAGGCCAAUGACUAUGCUAAUGUGGUGUUACAGGCCUUGUCCAAUGUGCCUCCACUACGGAACUACUUCUUAGAGGAAGAGAACUACAAGGAUAUCAAACGGCCUCCAGGAGAUAUCAUGUUCCUGCUGGUGCAGAGAUUUGGAGAGUUAAUGAGAAAGCUCAGGAACCCCAGGAACUUCAAGGCUCAUGUUUCCCCACAUGAGAUGUUGCAGGCUGUAGUUUUAUGCAGCAAGAAACGUUUCCAGAUUACCAAACAGGGUGAUGCUGUCGACUUCCUGUCUUGGUUCCUGAAUGCACUCCAUAUGGCGUUAGGCGGGAAUAAGAAGAAAAAGACCAUCAUCAACAGUGUGUUCCAGGGAUCCAUGCGGAUAUUCACAAAGAAGUUGCCUCCACCAGACCUGACACCGGAGGAGAAAGAGCAACUGCUGGAAAUGGAGGAGUUCAAGGAAUCGAUGACAGAGUCCACUUUCUUAUACUUAACACUCGACCUUCCCACAGCCCCUCUGUACAAAGAUGAGAAGGAACAGCUGAUCAUUCCGCAGGUCCCACUCUUCAACAUCUUGGCAAAGUUCAACGGCAUCACAGAGAAGGAGUAUAAAACCUACAAGGAGAAUUUCCUGAAGCGGUUCCAGCUGACCAAGCUCCCACCUUACCUCAUUUUCUACAUCAAGAGAUUCACAAAGAAUAACUUCUUCAUAGAGAAGAACCCCACCAUUGUCAAUUUCCCAAUCACCAAUGUUGAUCUAAGAGAAUACCUGUCUGAGGAGGUCCAGGCCAUCCACAAACACACUACCUAUGACCUGAUUGGUAAUGUGGUACAUGAUGGGAAGCCGGGUGAGGGAGCGUAUCGGGUCCACGUGCUACAUCAUGGCACAGGGAAGUGGUAUGAGCUACAGGAUCUACAAGUAUCUGACAUCUUGCCACAAAUGAUUACCCUUUCUGAGGCCUACAUUCAGAUCUGGAAGAGACGUGAGGACAGUGAUGAAAGUCUGCCUAGUCAGAAAGGAGCAUGAACUGGGGCUGGGGGACAAGAUUGUGAAUGAUAGGCACUUUACCCAUGUUAAGUGGGUGGACCUGAAAGAACCCAGCAAUAUUUAAAACAAAGUCUGACAGUAGGUUGUAAACUGAAGUGUUUGGAAAGUGUGGAUGACACUGAGGUCACGUUGUGUGCAGACUGUGUACCCACCUCAUGACAAUUCCAAAUCUGCAACACCUCCAUUACUGACAUGUAAAGGUUUACAGUAACUACAGGAAAAUAUUCAAUGAAUAUUUUCGUGGGAAGAUUCUGGUUUGGAGGAACGCUAAACAAAAGCAGAGGUCCUCUGAUUCGCCUGGGAAUGGCACCAGCCUGAUUUAAACACCUCCCUGCUCGUCUCAUCUUUGCCCGUGUAUUCUGCUUGUGGAGCUCUGGGCAGAAUUAUUUCUACAGGACGUCACAAUUCUCAAUGUGUUUUUGUUAUCAUCUUGCUCCCUUUUUAUUCAAGUGUAGACAGCAUUUUACAUUCUGGCUGCCGCUGCAUCAUCAGGUGCUGGGAGCAGAGAGCAACUUUCCAGUUUUGUUUUAGAUUGUUGACAUUUUUGUGUAAAAAAUCCAUCUGUCAUACUCUCUCUCUGUCAUGUUGUACAGAGCUCUGGUAAAGCAGAGUCUGGCAAACAAAACCUUUUGGAAUAGCCUGCCUUUUCCUGAAUGUCAGAACGGUGAAGAAGGGCAACCUCAGGAUUCAAUUUUAUUCACAUUAGGGAGUUUGGAAUAAUUCCUCUUGAUGGUAUGGUUUUGGAAAAUUAUAUAAGUAAAAUAUUUCACUUGUGGCCUGCUUCCCCCAUUAUUUUCAGCAUUGAUUACUAUGUCUCAGUUAGGGUUAAUAAAAUUCUCCUUGGAAAAA